AAGAAAAUCUGUUGUGAUUAAGUUAGUCAACCUGAUGGUAAUAGUCAGAGUGAUGAAGAGCACACCAGAGGAGAAUGAAAUUAAAUAUACACAACCCUUAUCUCAGCACUCUUGUUCUAGAGGAAGUACACCUCCUCACCAUCAAUAUAUUUUCAUCUUUCAAGCUUUUGACCUUCUCCUUUACAAAUUCUCUGCUUUUCAAAAUUGGUACCUCUGCUACUCUGCUUAUCGUCUGCUCCCUUCUGCAACACAACAGGUCCUGCCUUCAUCUCUCUUCUCGCAGGCCGAAGCCAGAAAAGAAAAAAACACUUAACAAGGCACAGCCCUACUUUGGGCUCUUCCUAGAUCAUCAUCCAGCAGAAAGCUUGAGAGAGAGAUAGGAGCAGAUUCGUAGGUAUGAAGCCCCAAGGGUAACUCAUACCCCAAGUUAGCAAGAGAGCUGAGCAAUGGCCGAGACUGCAGUGAUCAUUGUCAUUGACAAGUUGGUUUCAUUGUUAACGGAAGAAGGGAAUUUGCUGAGAGGUAUUCAUGACGAGGUUACAAGCAUAAAAGAUCUUCUAGAGAGCAUGACGUCUUUCCUAAAGGAUGCAGAUGAAAAAGCAGAAAGGGCAAACAACAGUAGCGGCGUGAAAACUUGGGUGAAGCAAACAAGAGAGAUGGCUAGUCAUAUAGAAGAUGUCAUUGAUGAAUACAUGCAUCACGUAGCACGCAACCGUGAUAAACACGGAUUGAAUGGUUUUCUUCAUAAAACAACUCACAUUGUGGGAGGGCUAUUUACACGCCAUGAGAUAUCCUUGAAGAUUCAACGUAUCAAAAAACGCAUUCGCGAAAUUAUGAAAACAAGUGUAGCAUAUGGCUUCAAUUCAACACAAAGAAUUCCAUUUAGCUCUUCAAGAAGAGACAACAUGUCAUUUGACCAACGAAUGACUUCCCUUUACAUAGAGGAAGUUGAACUCGUUGGUAUUCAAACUUUGAGAGAUAAAUUAAUAGGUUGGUCGAUUGGGGGAGAGGUAGCAUCUAGACGCUCGGUCAGUUCAGUGGUUGGAAUGGGCGGUCUGGGAAAAACCACUCUCGCCAAGAAAGUCUUCGACAACUCAAGGUUCACAGAAUGGUUUGAUUGGCGUGCUUGGAUCACAGUGUCACAGUCAUACAAGAACGAAGACAUACUAAGAAACAUGAUCACAGAAUUCCACAGGACAAGGAAUGAGUCUGUUCCAGAGGGAAUUGAAACAAUGGAUUUGAGAUUGUUGAUUCACACCCUACGAGGAUAUCUUAAGGAAAAGAGGUAUGCAGUUGUCUUUGAUGAUGUUUGGAGUACAAACUUGUGGGAGUGUGUAAAGCUUGCAUUACCCGAUAACAACAAUGGUAGCAGAAUAAUUAUCACAACACGCAAGGGUGAGGUUGCUGCUUCUUGCAGAGAAGCUUUUUUUGAUCAAGUGUACGACCUUGAGCCAUUAUCUCCAGAUAAGGCAUGGGAACUCUUCUGCAAGAAGACAUUCCGAGAUUCAAGUGGAUAUUGUCCACCAGAGUUGAAGAAAUUUGCAACUACAAUAGUGAGCAGAUGUGGAGGAUUGCCUCUUGCAAUUGUGGCUAUAAGUGGACUUUUAUCUACCAGAGGUGGGGAUGUGCCUCAAUGGAGAAAAUUACAUGAUAGUCUUGGCUCUGAGUUGGAGUCUAAUCCUCAUUUAACAAAUGUCACAAAAAUUCUUUCUUUUAGCUAUCAUGAUUUACCUCAUCGACUUAAAACUUGCUUCUUAUACUUUGGGACAUAUCCAGAAAAUUGCCCCAUUAGAUGUUCUACACUAAUUCGGCAAUGGAUCGCUGAAGGGUUUAUACAAGAGCAGAUAGGCAAAACAUUGGAAGAGGUUGCAGAAGAAUACUUGGCUGAGCUUAUUCAAAGAAGCCUAGUACAAGUGUCAUAUGUUGAUGAAAGAGGGGUGCGUAGAGAAUGUCAAGUCCAUGAUGUGAUGCGUGAGGCCGUGAUCCUUUUAAAGACUCGAGAUAUGAGCUUCUCACAAUUUUUAGAAGAAGAUUCAAGAUUCAAUGAAAAUUCCAGGCACCUAUCUGUUGAUAGCAAUGCAUAUAAUAUUUUUGGUAGCAUUGGAAGCUCUCGUGCCCAUUCCUUGUGUUUUUUCAAUGGCAUAGGUGGGCCACAAAAUCCUUUGAUGAGUUGUAGAAACUUGUACAAAAGAUUCAAGUUGUUGAGAGUACUAGACUUUGAAGAUAGUCUGCUUGACCAUCUCCCUGAGGAAGUUGGAUACAUGUAUCACUUGAAGUAUUUGAGCUUGAGGAAUACACGAGUGAAGAUCCUUCCGAAAUCCAUUGGGAAGCUCGCGAACUUGGAGACUCUAGAUUUGAAGCAAUCCCUAGUGCAUGAGAUACCAUAUGCAAUCAAUAAGCUUCCAAAGCUUAGAAAUCUUUUAGCAUACAAUCUGCACAACAACAAACAGCUGGGUCGGACUACAAAACGAGCCGUGGUGAUUCAUGAGGGAAUCGAGCGUUGGAGAAACUUGCAAAAACUGUAUACUGUGGAGGCAACAGAUAGCCUAGUUAAAGAAAUAGGGAAUUUGAAGCAGUUAAGAAGGUUGGGCAUUCAAAAACUGGCUAGAAAACAAGGGAAAGAUCUAUGCGCCUCCAUUGGAAAGAUGUCUCACUUGCAAUCAUUGGAAGUUGUAGCCAUAAAUGGUGAUGAAAUUAUUAAUUUACAGUCUAUCUCACCUCCACCUCAACGUCUUCAAACUCUAAUUUUGAUAGGGCGUCUAAAAAAGCUGCCUGAUUGGAUUGCAGGAUCUAGUUUUUUAACUCGAUUAGAUUUAUCUUGGUCGAGACUAGCAGGGGAUCCCAAUACCUUAAAAGUCCUACAAGGUCUACCAAAUUUAGUGCAACUUUUGAUCUAUGAUGCGUUUAGUUGCGAGGAGUUGCAUUUUGAAGAAGGAUUUCCAAAAUUGAAAGAGCUCAGUCUUAUAAAGUUGAACAGUUUAAAGUUCAUGAGAAUUCACAAUGGAGCAUUGCCUCUUCUUGAAAGUUUGAUAAUUGGACCAUGUCCGCAACUGCAACAAGUGCCCUCUGGCAUCCGUAACCUCAAAAAUCUAAAAUAUCUAGACUUUUUGGAUAUGCCUUCGCAUUUCAUAGACGGGAUUCAAGUUCAAGAAACAGAGCACCAUGUAGGUCCCAAAGUAAUUGUUGUGAAGACGGAAGGUGAAAGAGUCAUGACCACCAAAAUAAUAGAUUCAGCAGUUUUCAUGUAGCACUCAUAAGUGGAUAUAUGCUUUCCAGCAACAACAUUUUCAAAGUACCUCCACUCAUUUAUUGUA